AUGAAGACACUGAGAUUGAUCGGGGCAGAGAGCUUUAUAUCCAACCAGGAAUAUGCUAAAAAACAUAUCAGGAGUGUGGCACAUAAUCUAUACCCACUGUUACUAAAGGCUUGUUACUUUCAUGAAAAAGAGGAAAUAAUUGUUAUGUUGGUUGAGAAUUGGCCUCAACAGGAUUUCAACUUUGGCAAACUACUCGGCAAAACACUGGACUAUCCUGAAGAUAUCGGCCACUGGGCAUGUCAACGUAGCUUGUCAGCUUGUCUGAAGGGCUUGAAGAACUAUGUACUGAAUCCCUCAACAACUUACUCAAAAAAGCUUAAAGUUGUAGACCUGACAACAAUUCAAGACAUUGAAUUUCAGCCAUGCCAAUGUAAGAAAUCAUUGGGAAGAUGGGCAAGAACAGAAAUGGUUUCUCACCUUUGUUUUGAACUUCUGAUAGAGUUGCAGAGAUUUGAUUUUGACCCAUCCAUAUUUGACAUUGACAUAGAUAUCUUCUGUAAUCUUUUCGUCACAGAGAAGAAUUAUGACAUUGUGGUGCAAGCUUUACUUAUGCGAUGUCACUGCCCACUGAAGAUAAGAUGUGUGGAUUUUAGGGCAGACAGUUUAGCUUUGAGAAAGCUUUUUUAUAUUUUAAAACUUGUUGAGCCCAAUUCUAUACACAAGUUAGAAAUAGUUCACAAUGUCCAUUUAGAACUUUACCAUCUUGAAGUACUUCUUAACAAUCUCACUUUCCCUCAACUUAAGUCUCUCACUCUACCAACAAGAACAUUUAAUGUUACACAUUAUACACCAGAGGAUGAUGCUGUAUUAAGUAACAUUGGAGAGAAACUAAGCAACAUGGCCCAUCUGACUGAACUAAGUGUUUCAUUCUCUACACUCACAGGAAGGCUGAGGAAGCUGCUCAGCCCAUUGAAGACCCCAUUAAAAGUACUUGAAUUAAGUAAUUGUUCCCUGAACCAGGUUGACAUGGUGUACUUGUCAAACAGCUUGCAUGUGGAACAUUUGGAACUCUUGGAUCUCAGUGGUCACAGUAUAACAGAACUCUUUCCAUCAACUUUCUUUAAACUUCUCCAAAAAGCUUCAUCAACACUUAAGACUUUGGUUCUGGAAGAAUGUAAUAUAGGAGACAUGAAUAUCCAUGUAAUGGAAGUAGGCUUGGUGCAUUGUCUGAAACUCAGAGAUUUUAAAUUUCUCCAGAAUCCUUUGACAUCUAUAAGUCUUAGGCGAAUAUUCAGAGUUCUUGUAAACCUUCCAAUGUUAAAAUAUGUUGAGUUUCCAGUACCAAAAGAUUGCUAUCCUCCUGAUGUUAGCUAUCCCCUUGAUGAAGUAACGCUUGUAAAAUUUGAUGAUCAAAAAUAUAACAUGGUCAAAGAAUCUCUACAACGUAUUUUGGUUCAGGCUGCUCGAGAAGAUAUAUCCGCUGUCACACCUCUUUUUGGCAGCUAUGAUUCUGCUAUUGAAGAAACCAGCAAGGAAUUGGGUGCAGGUUUAUUGGCUUCAUUUAGGGAUGCUUUGCAGAGUUUCACAACAUCGCUACAAAAAUUAUAAGGGUCAGUGGUGUGAAAAAAAUAUCUAAAGUGUUAAUUAUGACAGGCUUGCUAAAGCUAAAUCCGGUCUACCUUUUAAUAA